AUGACUGCAUCUCCAACAAACAUUAAUAGUCCAUGCUUUCUGAAGGACCGUGCUGCCCAAUACCUGGUUGGCGACCGAGUCUUCAAGGAGAUCAAGAAGGUUCUCGACAAGGACAAAAACAUCGAGGACUACAAUGGAUUGAAGCACUUCUUGAGCAUCCCUGGCCUGCCAAUCCCAGUUCUGAGUGAUGAGACAGGGCCAUUAAAUUUACCACCUCCACCCGACAAAGUUGCGCAACCCAAGCAGCCGAUGGCUGAUCUGCCAAAUACUACAUUGUAUCACGUUUGCAUUGUUGGCGCUGGGAUAACAGGGCUUUUCAUGGCUACUCUUCUUGACGAACUGAGUCCCUUUGUCACUUACGAAAUCCUUGAGUCGAGUGAUAGAACGGGCGGACGAGUAUACACACACUCCUUUCCUCAGGAUCCAGACAAACCGCCGGUAUGGUAUAAUUACUAUGAUGCUGGUGCUAUGCGAUUCCCGGAUAUACCUAUAAUGGAUCGGGUUUUCAAGCUGUUUGAAAGGCUCGGAAUAACAGAAUCCAGUGGUCUUUUGAUCCCAUAUUAUCUUUUCGGUAUCAAUUGCCCCCAACGAUAUAACAGUAUUACAUAUAUUCCGCAAGAAGGAGGCCCAAGUGAUCCGUUCAACUUCAGCGUUUCAAACAAUGGGCUAGUGCCAGACAAAACUGUAAAUUAUGGUGCAGAUGCUAUCCUGGAUGACGCAUUCGGCUACUAUAAAGAGAGUCUGAGGAGAAACUUCGAGAAGGGAUUUAAAACGUUGAUGAGAGCGGAUAGCUAUACCAUGAGAGAAUAUCUUUGCCAGGUAAUGGGAUAUGACUUUUAUUCCAUCCAGUACUUGGAAACGGUUUCCGGUGCUACCGGUCAAUAUAGCCAAGCAUUUACCGAAAGUGUGCUGGAGUCCUUAAACUUUGACUACUGCAACGGCCAAGAAGUGAAUUGGUUUUGCAUUAAAGGAGGCACGUCUGUCCUAACGAAUAAAUUGGUCGAACGAAUCCGCAGCAAACCCUGCAUCAACAAUCUGGUGACAAGCAUUCGAUAUGAUCAAAAUGCAGAAUCCAGGCCUGUGAAAGUUAAAGUCACUAGCGGGAACAAGAGUGAAGAAAAGUGCUACGAUUUGGUGUUCACCACAACUAGUUUGUCCUGUAUGCAACGAAUGAAUCUUGACAAUGCAGGGCUCAGUCGCGCGCAGCAUGACGCCAUACGUUGCCUAGAGUACGAUGCCUCCACCAAAGUUGCUAUUGAAUUUGAUACCCCAUGGUGGAUUACGAUGUGCAAUAUUUCACAAGGUGGAGUCGCCUCGACUGACCUUCCACUUCGCACCUGUAUUUAUCCGUCGUAUAUAACCAGGGAUGCAAAGCCAGCAGUGCUUCUCUGCUCAUAUUCCUUUGCUCGCGAUGCCCAACGCAUGGGGUCCCUGAUCAGCUACCAAGAACAACUUAAGGAACUGCUUCUCCACAAUUUAACACUGCUACACUAUGAAUCUGCGGGUCUUACCUACGAAGACAUGCAUAAACAGAUAGCGGAGCAGUUCAGAGCAAUACAUGGGCAUGAUUGGAACCAGGAUCCAAAUACAUCUGGCGCUUUUGCAUUCUUCGGACCGGGUCAGUUCGCCAACUACUACCCCGAACUAAUCGAGCCCGCAGCAGGUGGGCGUUUGCUCUUAGCUGGCGAGGCAUGCAGUGCGCACCAUGCAUGGAUAGCGGGCUCAUUAGACAGUGCCUAUAGGGCUUUGAGUCAAUUCAUUCGGACCGUGAAAUGGGGGAGAUGGCUUAAUGUGGAUGGUCUGCUCAAGAAAUUAGAGGAUAACUGGGGGGUCCUUAGGGAAAUCCAGCCUGAGGCAUUGGAAUGGCAGGCGAUCCUAAUGACAGAGAAGCAGCAAAGAAAGUAG